GCUGACAAACUGUUGCCGCCGCUGGCCGUCUUUGGGAAUCCAUGAGACAGUGAGGAGCGAUUGCCAUUCCACUGCGCCCAGGCUGAAGUCCUUGUCAGUCGGUUUCAGGCAUCGUUUAAAUACGGCCCAGGGACGCUGCCAACCGCCCUGGCGGCUCACCGAAACACAUCUACCCCCAAUAUUGCUCUUUUAUUCAUUUCCACGCCUAUUCACCACACUUGCUGCUAUUUUUUGUAAGCGUAAUAUGACUGUUCUCGAGCUUAGUGCCAGCGCCAAGGGAUCACUGGCCAAGGAGCCGCUUCUAUUCAAGGGGUUCCGCCUGCUGCACCAGAACCCGUACUCGAAAGACGCAAACCCUGAAGGAAUCAUCAAUGCCGGUAUCGCUGCCAACAACACCAUUAGCGACAUGGUUCUCGAGAAGCUCAACUCGCUGACAGGAGUCAUCGCCAGCGACUUGGAGUACAACUCGCCAUACGGAGAACCCCAGCUGCGCUAUGAAAUCGCUGACCUGUUCAACCGCUACCUGAGCCCAGCUGAGCCUGUCAACCCCGAUGCUGUCACCGUGUUCAAUGGCUGUACAAGUGCCAUCUCAAAGGUAACCGCGGCCACUUGCGAUCCAGGCGACCACAUUCUGAUUCCGGCACCAUGCUAUGCGGCGCUGGAGUCCGACAUGGGCACACUGCCGCGUGCUGUUGCCACACCAGUAGACAUCCCGCUUGACGAGGCAUUUGCCCCGUCUCAAGUCAGGUACUUUGAGCAGAAGAUUUCGGAGCUAAAGCAGCAGGGGAAGCGCACCAAGAUGCUGUUUCUGAUGACGCCGCACAAUCCGCUGGGCGCCAGCUACCCGAAGGAGACACUCCGUGCUUUGUUUGAAUUCGCUAGCAAGCAUUCGCUCUUUGUGGUCUCCGACGAGAUCUAUGCACUCUCUGUGUUUGACAGAAAGGAGGGUGUGACGCCGUUCGAGUCCGUGCUGUCGUGGAGCGAUUUGAGCUCUUAUAUAGAUCCAGCGGCGCUGAUUGUCAUGCACGGUCUCAGCAAGGACUUUGGACUCAAUGGGUUCCGCAUGGGCUGGACAAUUACGCCAUGGAACCAGGACCUGACAAACACCCUGCACAACUAUGCACCGUUUGGAUACCGCCCUGCGUAUACUGACCGCAUUAUCGCCGAUUUCCUUGCUGACCAUGCGUUCGUCGACAAUCUGCUCUCCACUAGCCGCAAGAACCUGGCCGAGAAUUACGCACUGACUACAGAGUUCUUUGAUAAGCACAGUGUGGAGUAUGUGCCGUGCUCGGCAGGUCACUAUAUCUGGUUCAAGCUGCCUAUUGCUGCCAGCACAAAGGCACAUCGUGCACUUGGUGCUCUGCAGGCCACUGAAGUGGCCAAGCUGUGGACAAAGGAGACCGAUCUCACGGCAUGGGAACAUAUCGUCCUAAACGAGCGCGUGUACUUCCCUACCGGGCAAGCAUUCUGCUCGACUGAGCCUGGAUGGUUCCGAUUCACGUUCGCCAUCACCAAAGAGCAGCUUGUUCUUGCUCUUGAUCGCAUUGGCAACUCGUUCAAGCUGGACUAGGCCUGUAUCUCCAUAAAUGGCUUGAUACCGUAUCAUUCAAUCCAUGGUGAAUAUCAUUUAGUGUAUCUGAAUAUACAAAGUUGCCAAGCAAUGCCCGC